AUGAUUCGUACAGUACGGCCAGCUGCACAGUCACGAUGGCUCCUCACGUUGCAUCGUUCCUCGUCUACGGCCGCGUCCAAGAUCCAGCUCCGUGAUCUCACUCCCUCACACCUCAGCGCAUACUGGGAUACCGUUCCGCCGGACGAGUCUAAACUGGAGUACGCUGCCAAAUUCUUUACCCCUUCGCGCCAUUCGCCCAUCAAGCUAUGGUCUGCCAGCAAGUUCCGGACCACGCCUCUUUCUUCCGUCGAGCCGGAGGUUGCAUUCCUGGGGCGGUCGAACGUGGGGAAAAGCUCUUUAUUGAACGCGAUCAUGGGACAAGAGAUGUGUUGGACGUCAUCCAAACCAGGACGCACGCGAGAAAUGAACGCAUUUGGCAUUGGAGGCACGAAAGGAGGGGAGUCCAAGAUCGUCCUGUUGGAUAUGCCCGGCUACGGAAAGGCGAGUCGAACCGAAUGGGGGGUUGAAAUCAUGAAAUACCUGCAGGGAAGGAAACAACUCCGACGAGCCUUCAUCCUCAUCGACAGCGAACACGGGAUCAAACAAACCGACCAAGACAUCCUAGCCUCCUUCCGCCGCUACGCGAUCCCACACCAAAUCAUCCUCUCCAAGGUCGACAAGGUCUUGAACAAGAACAAGAAACAGAUCAAAAGCGGCGCAUCGACGACCAGCGUCGCCGGGCUGCAGACAAUGCUGCACAAGCUCAAACCCAUCAUCCAGCCCGACGGCCGCAUCGCAGGCCCCGGCGCCCUCGGCGAGAUUCUCACCUGCAGCUCUGAGACAGCCGUUGGUGACGGGUCCUUUCUCGGCGUGAACGCUGUCCGGUGGGCGAUUCUAUCCGCCGCCGGCUUCGACGGGAGCAUCAAUGUUCAAACGACAACGACGUCUGCUCCUUUGCCGGAGCUCCCCACUGCCACGUCGUGA